AUGAAUCAGAUCAAGGACAGUGAAGAGGAAGCUCCGCCCUCUAAAACCACUCUGUGUGAGGAACAUGAGGGUCAGAGGAGGAUCCAUCAACAGAGACCAGACUCUGCUGGACCUGGACCUGGACCCAGCUGUGUCUCCAUGUCGAGUGACUGGUCCAUGGAUGAACCUUUGUACUUGAAACAAGAACAGAGGAGGAUCCAUCAACAGGGACCGGACUCUGCCAGACCUGGACCCAACCGUGUGUCCAUGAAGAGUGGCUGGUCCAUGUAUGAACCUUUGAACUUCAAACAAGAACAGAGGAGGAUCCAUCAACAGGGACCAGACCCUGCCAGACCUGGACCUGGACCCAGCUGUGAGUCCAUUAAGAGUGGCUGGUCCAUGUAUGAACCUUUGAACUUCAAACAAGAACAGAGGACGAUCCAUCAACAGGGACCAGACUCUGCCAGACCUGGACCUGGACCCAGCUGUGUGUCCAUGAAGAGUGACUUGUCUAUAGAUCGUUAUAUUAACUUCAAGGAUGGACAAAAACAUGGUGAACUGAUAGUUGAUCAGCAGAGGACAGAGGUUCUCAGUGGUCAGUCUGUCCAGCAGCAUCGAGCAGACCUGGACUCCAUAUUGAAGCUGCUGGAGGAGAACAUCAUCUGCUUUGUGAAGAACGAGCUGAAGAAGAUCCACAAGGUUCUGGAUACAGAUCACGAAGAAGUCUCAGAGAGUCAGAGGGAGGAUGAGGAGCAGAGGAGCAGCAGAGAGGCCUUUCUGAAGAUCACAGAGGACUUCUUAAGGAGGAUGAAGCAGGAGAAGCUAGCUGACAAAAUCAGAGCUACAGCUUGUCGACGUGAACUCAAAUCAAACCUGAAGAAGAAGUUCCAGUGUUUGUUUGAGGGCGUGGCUAAAGCAGGAAACCCCACCCUUCUGAAUGAGAUCUUCACAGAGCUUUACAUCACAGAGGGAGGGACUGGAGAGGUCAAUGAAGAACAUGAGGUCAGACAGAUUGAAAGAGCUUCCUGGAAACCAGACAGACCAGAAACAUCCAUCAGACAAGAAGACAUCUUUAAAGCCUCAGCUGGAAGAGACGGACCAAUCAGAAGAGUGAUGACAAAGGGCGUGGCUGGCAUUGGGAAAACAGUGUUAACACAGAAGUUCACUCUGGACUGGGCUGAAGACAAAAGCAACCAGGACGUACAGUUCAUGUUUCCCUUCACCUUCAGAGAGCUGAAUGUGCUGAAAGAGAAGAAGUUCAGUUUGGUGGAACUCAUCCAUCACUUCUUCACUGAAACCAAAGAAGCAGGAAUCUGCAGGUUUGAAGACUUUAAGGUGGUCUUCAUCUUUGAUGGUCUGGACGAGUGUCGACUUCCUCUGGACUUCCACAACACUGAGAUCCUGACUGACGUCACAGCGUCCACCUCAGUGGACGUGCUGCUGACAAACCUCAUCAGGGGGAAACUGCUUCCCUCUGCUCGCCUCUGGAUAACCACACGACCUGCAGCAGCCAAUCAGAUCCCUCCUGACUGUGUGGACAUGGUGACAGAGGUCAGAGGGUUCACGGACCCACAGAAGGAGGACUACUUCAGGAAGAGGUUCAGACAUGAGGAGCAGGCCAGGAGGAUCAUCUCCCACAUCCAGACAUCACGAAGCCUCCACAUCAUGUGCCACAUCCCAGUCUUCUGCUGGAUCACUGCAACAGUUCUGGAGAACAUGCUGAAAACCAGAGAUGGAGGAGAACUGCCCAAGACCCUGACUGAGAUGUACAUCCACUUCCUGGUGGUUCAGUCCAAAGUGAAGAGGGUCAAAUAUGAUGGAGGAGCUGAGACAGAUCCACACUGGAGUCCAGAGAACAGGAAGAUGAUUGAGUCUCUGGGGAAACUGGCUUUUGAGCAGCUGCAGAAAGGAAACCUGAUCUUCUAUGAAUCAGACCUGACAGAGUGUGGCAUCGAUAUCACAGCAGCUUCAGUUUACUCAGGAGUCUUCACUCAGAUCUUUAAAGAGGAGAGAGGCCUGUACCAGGACAAGGUCUUCUGCUUUGUCCAUCUGAGUGUUCAGGAGUUUCUGGCUGCUCUUCAUGUUCAUCUGACCUUCAUCACCUCUGGAACAAAUCUGUUGUCAGAAGAACCAACAACGAGCCAGUGGUCCAUACAACCAAACAAACCUGAACUGAAUCAUCUGCACCAGAGUGCUGUGGACGAGGCUUUACUGAGUCCAAAUGGACACCUGGACUUGUCCCUCCGCUUCCUCCUGGGUCUUUCACUGGAGACCAAUCAGAAGCUCUUAAUAGGUCUACUGACACAAACAGGAAGGGAUUCACAGACCAAUCAGGAAACAGUUGAGUACAUCAAGAAGAAGAUCAGUGAGAAUCUGUCAGCAGAGAGAAGCAUCAACCUGUUCCACUGUCUGAAUGAACUGAACCAUCGUUCUCUUGUGGAGGAGAUCCAAGAGUCCCUCACAUCAGGACGCCUGUCCACAGAGACACUGUCUCCUGCUCAGUGGUCAGCUCUGGUCUUCAUCUUACUGUCAUCAGGAAAAGAUCUGGAAGAGUUUGACCUGAAGAAAUACUCUGCUUCAGAGGAGGCUCUUCUGAAGCUGCUGCCGGUGGUCAAAGCCUCCAACAAAGCUCUACUGAGUGGCUGUAACCUCUCAAAAAGAAGCUGUGGAGCUCUGUCCUCAGUCCUCAGCUCUGUGUCCUCUCGUCUGAGACACGUGGACCUGAGUAACAACGACCUGCAGGAUCCAGGAGUGAAGCUGCUGUGUGAUGGACUGAAGAGUCCUCACUGUUCUCUGGAGACUCUCAGAAUGAGUGGCUGUAAACUCUCAGAGAGAAGCUGUGAAGUUCUGUCCUCAGUCCUCAGCUCUGUGUCCUCUAGUCUGAGACACGUGGACCUGAGUAACAACGACUUGCAGGAUUCAGGAGUGAAGCUGCUGUGUGAUGGACUGAAGAGUCCUCACUGUUCUCUGGAGACUCUCAGUCUGUCAGGUUGUCUGGUCUCAGAGGAAGGAUGUUCUUCUCUGACCUCAGCUCUGAACUCCAACCCCUCCCAUCUGAGAGAACUGGACCUGAGCUACAAUCAUCCAGGAGACUCAGGAGAGAAGCUGCUGUCUGCUGGACUGAAGAGUCCUCACUGGAGACUGGACACUCUCAGGAUGGACCAUGCUGGAGAGCAGAGGUUAAAACCUGGUGUCAGGAAGUAUUCAUGUGAACUGGAACUGGACACAAACACAAUGAACAGUUACCUCAAACUGUCUGACGACAACAGGAAAGUGACCAAUGUGACAGAAUAUCAGUGGUAUCCUGAUCAUCCAGACAGAUUUGAGUCCUGGUCUCAGCUGCUGUGUAGACCUGGUCUGACUGGUCGCUGUUACUGGGAGGUCGAGUGGAGAGGAAGAGUUUAUAUAUCACUGAGUUACAGAGGAAUCAAGAGGAAAGGCAACAGUUCUGACAUGUUUGGACAUAAUGAUCAGUCCUGGAGUCUGUUCUGCUCUGAUGAUGAUGGUUACUCUGUCUUUCACUGUGGGACACAAACACCCAUCAUGUCCUCUGUCUCUCGCAGAGUAUCAGUGUAUGUGGACUGUCCUGCUGGGACUCUGUCCUUCUACAGCGUCUCCUCUGACUCACUGAUCCACCUCCACACCUUCAGGACCACAUUCACUGAACCGGUUUAUCCUGGGUUCUGGGUCUGGGAUGGUUCCUCAGUGUCUCUGUGUCCUCUGUAGGACAUGAAGAGACAGCAGCUUCAGUGGUGGACGAGGUCAAAGCUCGUCUCAGUCAUUCUUUGUUGAAACCAUCAAUAAAUAAAGACUUAAAAAAUCAA